AGGGGAAAAAAACAUUACACCAAGAUGGCGUCUUCCAUGGGUGGGAUGUUUCCUGGGCAGCAAGCUCCUGGUCAAAUUCCCGUUGGUGGUCCUGGUGGACCGAGUCAGCCUGGCUUUCCUGGUCAAGGAGUUCCAGGUCCGAGGGGGCCUGGGAGCAACACCCUGGUCGACGAACUGGAGGCUUCAUUCGAGGCCUGCUUUGCAUCACUUGUAAGUCAAGAUUAUGUGAAUGGGACUGAUCAAGAGGAAAUUCGAACUGGUGUGGAUCAGUGCAUCCAGAAGUUUCUGGAUGUGGCGCGACAGACAGAGUGCUUCUUUUUGCAGAAACGACUUCAGUUGUCUGUACAGAAACCUGAGCAGGUGGUGAAGGAGGAUGUGUCUGAGUUACGGAAUGAGCUGCAGAGGAAAGAAUUGCUGGUUCAGAAACAUUUGGCCAAACUGCACCACUGGCAGCAGGUGCUUGAGGACGUGAGUGGACAGCAGCGGAAGCCCACAGAUCUGCCUCCACCGGGACCACUGGCUUUUCUGGAGCAAGCUUCAGCCAGUCUGCCACCUGCUCCGUUAAAACCAAACUAACUUCUGCUAAUACACGAGCACUACAGCCACUGUCAAAUAUGAGGAUGGUACAUAUUUGUGGAAGUGACAAGAUGACCUUUCUGGUAAAGUUCAAUAUGGAUGUGGUCCCUCCAUGUUUCUUCAAGAUUGCUGAAUCGCACCAAAACUGGUCUUUUAGAAAAGGAAAAGAUGGAUAAAUAAUGUAACUGGAACUUCACUAGGACACCAUGAACUGAACAGGACGGGCCUCUUCAUCAACAGCUACUGCUGUACAGCUAUCAUUUCAGAAAUAUUGUUUUAUUUAAACCGGUUUGUUUUGAUUCAUGUAAAUAUUUCUUUUUUUAUUCUGGGAUAUUAAAUCAAAAUACUUUCAGUACAUUGCAGUGCAUGCAGUACUUUUAGUAUACAUUAUAGUUGUACAAAACAAAUUGAGCAUCAGUUCAACCAACAGGUUCUUGUGAAUCAUGUUAUACUUUGAGCGGGAGCUGCAACCUGUUGAAAAAAGCAAAACUUCAAAUUUGCAGCAUGUCAAAAUGUGUCUUAUGAGGCAAGUUGGGUCAAAAUAAAAAAUAAAAGCAGUUUGUCAAAUGCC